AUGGGAAUAGCUUUCUCCCACCUUGUUCUCUCCAUCACUCUUCUUGGGCUGCUUGCCAGGGGUAUCCAAAGGAGUAAGGGAAGAGUAGGGGCGAAUGCAUUAACUCUUCAGUUGUGUGGUCAGAGGGGGCCCUUACGUCAACGGCGGGAAGGAGGAAUAAAAGCAACAACAAGGAGAACAACGACGAACACGACAACAGUCGCAGGAGGAAGAAGAAAGGGAGAAACAGCUCUCAUGAGAGGUGCUUUUCUUUUUAAGGACAACACAAAGUACAGUUGGUACUUCUCCAGGGGGGCACAUGGGGCAUUGGAUUGGAGCAGAUCUCCAGGGAGGAAACGAUUUUUUGCAAAACUGAGCGGUGAAAAUGGCUCACAGUGGAUAAGCAACGUUGGAGAACAGACAGGUAAACAUGUUGGCAACGAAUCGGGUGAGAAGUCGGGUGAACGGUCGGGUGAGAAGUCGAGUGAAGCUUUCCCAUCCUUUCCGUCUGGUGCUCAACACCUGGAACCAAGUGGACGCACAAAAAUAAAAGAUAUUCUUGGGGCCCAAGUCACUCACCGUGAAGGGCAAAAAUAUACAGUUUGUGGAUGGGUCAAAUCAAUCAGAACAGUAGGGAAAAAUCGCUUCUCCUUUAUUGACAUCAACGAUGGCUCUCACGUGAAAAACCUACAAGUCGUAAUCGACUCUGGUAUCCCCAACUAUGGACAAAUUUCUCGGUUGCUUAGGGAUGACGCGGUGGAAUGCGUGGGAGAACUGAAGGGCUCCUUGGGGAGGAAGCAACAGGUGGAGCUCUGUGUGCAGGCCGCGGAGAAGGCGCACUACGUGAAACUCCUCGGAAAGUUGGACGGUGGUGUUGACGUAGGGGAGGAGACCAAUGAUCGUGGUUUAGGGGAGAAAGGUAGUGGCGAUGUUGACGUAGGGGAGGAGACCAAUGAUCGUGGUUUAGGGGAGAAAGGUACUGGUGAUGUUGGCGUAGGGGAGAAAGGUAGUGGCGAUGGCGGCUUGCGCAGCUCCCCAUCCAAGCACUACGCCAUCUCCAAAAAGUACCACACCAAGGAACACCUGAGGUGCUUCCCCCACCUCCGAGCAAGAACCAAACUUUACAGUAGCGUAUUCAGACUCAAAUCCGACAUAGUAACGGAAACGUUUAAUUUCUGGAGAGAGAAGAACUGCACGUACAUCAACACACCUGUACUAACUAGCAACGACUGCGAGGGAGCGGGAAAAUUAUUUCACGCAACCACGCUAAUGUCUCAGGUGAACCACAGGGGUGAACACACCAAUGUAAAUUUCCAUGAUGGAUAUGACACUGAUGAAGGGUGCAAAAGGGAAGUUCAAAAAGAGGAAGGUUAUCCCCACGAAGGGAACAACCCUUUCGCCAGAGAUUUUUUUAAAAAACCAUGCUACCUAAACGUGUCCAGUCAACUAGCCCUGGAAUGCCUCUGUUGUUCCAUGGGAGAUGUAUUCACGCUUAACCAGUGCUUCCGUGCGGAAAACUCCAAUACAGUAAGACACCUGAGCGAGUUCCUGAUGAUGGAAGUAGAAUUGGCCUUCUGCAAUUUGUCUUCCAUAAUAUCUAUUGCAGAAGAGUACAUUAAGGCGAUGAUAAAAUUUGCUCUGUACAAAUCGGAGGAUAUCGACUACAUCAAUGAACACCAUGAUCAAGGAUUGAAGCAUAAGCUACAGAACGUUUUGCAAAAACCAUUCGUUGUAAUCACGUAUAAUGAAGCUAUUCAUGUGAUUAAGAAGAAUAUGGUUCGUACAGAUGAACUACCUGUACGUACAACCGACUUAACUCUUGAGGAGCAGAAGUUCUUAACGGAUAUGCACUUUCGAUCUCCAGUUGUUGUUAUUAACUACCCACAAAAUAUGAAGCCUUUUUACAUGAAUCUAAAUGAGGAUGGAAAAACAGUAGCUUGUAUGGAUAUCCUCCUUCCGGAGGUUGGAGAAGUGGUUGGCGGAUCAGAAAGGGAGAUAAGGAUACACACCUUGGAGAGGAGGAUGAAAGAGAAACGUCUGGAUCUCCAACUCUAUGAACCAUACUUGGAACUUCGCCGUUAUGGUAAUAUCCCUCAUGCGGGUUUUGGGCUUGGCAUGGAUAGGCUUAUUAUGUUUAUCACCUCCAUGGUUAACAUCCGCGAUGUUGUUCCCUUUCCGCGCGCCCCCGGUUCGCUCUUUAUGUAG